CCGCGUUCGGUGAUUCGCGAUGAAGAAGUUCACUUUCAAGGGGGUUCUGGACGGGUUCCGCAGCUCGGUGCAGGCGGCGCCGCGCGGGAUCGAGCAGGAGAUCCAGGAAACGCUGCGUCCAGACCACUUCCAGAUUAAAAAGACCUUCCGGCAUGGGUUCCCGUUCUCACCCACCGCCCUGGCCUGGGACCCAAUACAGAAAUUAUUGGCCAUUGGUGACAAAGGCGGCAAUCUCAGGAUACUGGGCGGGCCGGGCGUCGACGCUCACGUGCGUCACGAGGCGGGCGAGGCGGUUCUUCACGCCAAGUUCCUCAUCAACGAGGGAGCCCUGGUCACGGCCACGGCGGACGACCAGCUCCACCUGUGGACCUUCAGGCAGAAGCUGCCGCAGAGGGUCCAGUCGCUCAAGUUCCAACGGGAGAGGAUCACAUGUCUGCACCUGCCUCUGCAGUCGAAGUGGGUACAUGUGGGGACAGAAAGAGGCAACGUACACGUGGUCAACAUCGAGACCUUCGCCCUCAGCGGGUACGUCAUCAACUGGAACAAGGCCAUCGAAGUCACGAGACAAAAUCACCCCGGUGCAGUGGUGGAGAUCAGUGACAAUCCCCUGGAUGCCAGCAAGCUGCUGAUAGCGUUCGAGACGGGCCUAGUGGUGGUAUGGGACCUGCGAGCGCGGGCGGCGGAAUGGCGCGGCGCCCUUGGCUCCGGCGCGCCCGGGGACGGCAUCCGGGCGGCCGCGUGGCAGCAGGACGGCAAGCUGAUGACGGCCCACGUGGACGGAGCGCUGGCCACGUGGACCACAAGGGCGCCGAGGCCCACGUCAUUGUCUUACCCGCAUGCGAAAGCGAACAAAGACGGGAAGCUGGAACCUUGUAAACCUAUACUCAGGCUCGAGUGGAAGACGUCGAGAACGGGUGAAAGCCUGGUGAUAUUCUCCGGGGGGCUGCCCACGGACAAGCCGGGGAGGACGCACAGCAUCACGGUCCUCAACGGGAAGAGCACCACGGUGUUGGAGAUGGAACACAGCGUGGUGGACUUUGUCACGCUUUGCGAGACGCCACACACUGCAGACUACCAAGAACCGUACGCGAUAGUGGUACUCCUGCAGAACGACCUGGUGGUGAUAGACCUGCUGUCCCCCGGGUACCCGUGUUUCGAGAACCCCUACCCCAUGGACAUCCACGAGUCGCCCGUCACCUGCUGCUCCUACUUCGCAGACUGCCCCUCGGAUCUGAUCCCCGCGUUCUACUCGGUGGGCAGACAAGGCAACAAGAAAGCGGCCGGCUUCAGCGAGAAGCUGUGGCCCAUCAACGGCGGCGAGUGGGCGCCCGCCUCCUGCUCCUACAGCGAGAUCAUACUCACUGGCCACGCGGAUGGCAGCGUAAAAUUUUGGGAUGCGAGCGCGGGCACCUUACAAAUAUUGUACAAAUUAAAAUGUUCUAAAGUUUUCGAGCGCCGCAGCUCCAGCACGGCGGGCUCCAACUACGACGAGACUCCGCUCGCCAUCCAGCAGCUGGCGCUGUGCGCGGAGUCCCGGAGGCUGGCCGUGGCGCUGCCGCACGGACACGUGGUGCUGUUCAAGUUCCGCAAGGCCGAGGCAGUCUCCGAGACACACGUGCUGGAAAUACCGGUGAUAUCGGACUCGCUGGAGGAGGAACCUUCGCCGGAGCCCGAGCCUCACGCGGAGUCCGAGUCGAGAAGAGUUAGCUCGGCGUGCGGCGCGGGCGCGUGGGCGGGGUCGCCGGGCGCGCUGCGCGUGCGCGGCGCGGCGGGCACGGGCGGCGCGCGGCGCGCCCCCGGCUUCCAGCCCGCGCUCGUGGCGCUGCAGCUGGGCCCGCCGCACGCCGUCGCCGCGCUCACCAUCAACUCCUCCUACGGCCUCAUGGCGUGGGGCGGCGAGCGCGGCGUGGUGGUGGCGGACGUGUCGCGGCGCGCGCUGCUGGCCGCGCUGCCCAGCGCCGCGCUGCACGCGCCCGACGCGCGCCGCGAGCGCCCGCGCUCGCCCAGCCUCGACCAGCCGGAGGAGGGCCCGCCUCGGCCCUCCCCCGCCAGCCCCGAGCCCGCGCCGGACGCCGCCGACGACCGGCCGAAGCCCGACGCCCGCCGAAAGUCGACUUCGUGGAAAACCUUCAAUCUGAAACGGCAGCUCUCUAGAGUGGAUCUCAAGUUCAAGGCCGCGUUCGGUCCGAGCGAGGGCGCCGAGGAGGGCGCGGAGGCGGACGCGGCGGAGGCGGCGGAGGCGGCCGCGUCGUCGCCGGACAGCGACGAGGCGCGCGCCGAGGAGGACAUGUUCGAGCGCAUGCACCGCGAGCUGGCGGCGCGGCGGCCGGACGACGUGUACGAGCGCAUGCACCGCGAGCUGCAGCAGCGCUGGCAGGAGCCGGCGGCGCGCCCGGCGUCGCUGGCGCUGCCGGCGCGGCCGCGGCGGGCGCGCGAGCCGGCGCCGGCGCGGCUGUCGGUGCCGGACAUCCGGCCGCGCCGCCGCGCGCCGCCCGCGUCGUUCGCGGGCUCGCUCAUGCGCCGCUUCAGGGAGUUUGUAGCGCGCUUGUGUCCGCCGUGCGAACCCCGCCGGGAGCAAGUAGUGGCAGUGGAGACCCCGCGGCGGAUAGACAAGCUGGACAGCUCCUUCUCGAGGUCCCGCAGCAGCAGCAUCUCCAGCUUGGAGAACAUCACGCAGGAGGGCAUCCAGUGCCUCGCCUUCGCUGAUAGCUAUACCAAGAAGUCUGAUCCGACGACGUUACUCCCGACGCUGUGGAUCGGCACGACGCAGGGCUCGGUGAUGACGAUGAUGAUCAGCUUGCCCGAGGCCGACCUGAGGCACACGCAGCCCGUCGUCAUCUCCUCCAGUGGAGGUCCUCUAUUUAGGUUAAAAGGGUCAAUCUUAACGAUGUCCUUUCUCGACUGCAACGGUGCUUUAAUUCCCUAUUCUUACGAAAGUUGGAAAGACGAUAGUAAAGACCCCCGGGAGCGACGGGAGCGAACGCCGACGAAACAGUCGUCGUCCUCAUCCGGCAGCCGGAUGUCGCCCACGCCGGGCGCGGAGCCGGCGGCCGGCGACCGGCAGUUUGUCGUCGUGGCCUCAGAGAAGCAGGCCAGGGUUGUGGCGCUGCCCAGCCAGAACUGUGUCUACAGGCAACAGAUCGUUGAUACGGACUUCGUGGUGAAGGCGGAGAUUGUCAGUCUGAAAGACAGUGUCUGCCUGGUGAACUACCUCUCGACGGGUCACCUGGUGGCCUACAGCCUACCCUCGCUGCGACCUUUAGUGGACGUCGACUUCCUACCUCUUUCCGAACUCAGCUUCCAGACACAAUCCAAACAGAGGGGUAUCGUAGACCCAAUGCUCUCCAUUUGGGGCCAGCAACUGAUUGUAAACGAGGACACGGACCAGAUAGCCAAGACCUUCUGCUUCAGCAACCGAGGACACGGACUGUACCUGGCCUCGCCCACUGAGGUACAGAAGUUCACUAUUGAUGCGGAAUUUUGCCAGCAACUGAACGAGAUGCUGGGCGAGUUGUUCCUGCCCCGGGACAUGCCGGAGCCCCCCAAGGAGUCUUUCUUCAAGGGCCUGUUUGGAGGCGGAGCGCGACCGCUGGAUAGAGAGGAGCUGUUCGGCGAGGGCAGCGGCAAGCCGAACCGCGCCGUGGCGCGCCACAUCCCGGGCGCGCACGCGCCGCUGGAGCAGCUGGGCGCGCGCGCGUCCUCGGCGGCCGGCGAGGUGGCGCGCGCGCACAUGCUGGUGCUGGAGCGCGGCGACAAGCUCAGCCAGCUCGAGGACCGCACGGAGAGGAUGCACAUGCAGGCCGGCGAGUUCUCGUCAUCCGCGCACCAGCUCAUGCUCAAAUACAAGGACAAGAAGUGGUACCAGCUGUGAACGCCCUUCCACACACACGACGGCUGUUUUUGAUACGGAACCAUUUAAAAUAAGAGCUGGCGGUUCUUGGGGACUCCAAAACGAUCGAACUGAAAAUAAAGGAAAUCCUAAUAUUUUCUACCAAUUCAUUGCGUUUCUAGUUUGGAAUCCCCAACAAUCUUCUGCCAGAUAUCUCUAUUAGGACGCCGCAACUCGGCCGAGUGCCAGCAGCUCGGCCGAGCGGCUCGGCCGUGUGAACUAGGAUAGUCGGCGCCCGCGACUGCGCCCGCGCUAGAGCUUAGCUAACCACGUAGAGAUCUUAUGAACCUAACUUUAACUUUAUCAUUGGGCGUGUCUCGAAAAUAAUGAACGCACAAUUUCUACAUUCGCUCUCGAGCAUUUUCAUUCCAAACGGAAAUGGGUUAUCGAACAAACAUUUUGUAUCGUCAUCCUUAUCUCACUAAUACUGUCAGUAUGAGACGGCGAUAUACAAUGGCGGUUCGGCAGAUGAGUGUCGACGGGAAUGAGUUUUAGCAAGCCGACAGUAGUCCCGCUUUCUACUCGCCGUUCAAUUAUUUGUGGCCUCUCUUACUCUAAACUACUCUCUACUCGGGGCUAGUUGACACUUGAACGGUAAAUUAUCUGCAAUCGUACGAAGGAAAUUAAAUUCAACUGUUUUGUGAUGCUCAAAACACAAUUCUUUAUUUUUCUUUUUUUAUUUCAAUACUUUUGUUUUAAAAUAUCGGUAGCAUUUGAAAAAGGUACUUUUAAAUAUAUCGUGGUAGGGAACCUUUCAAUGCCUCUUGUCAUCGUUUGUCGACUAACCCGUUUUCGCAGUGUAAUAUUGUAAAUACUGGAAGCAGUUUCCUGACCGUAGCAAAUUUCGUCUACAAUUUUGUUCGCGACGGUCCCUCUACGCGCUGUCCCUUUUCUUUCCGGCUGUACCCAGCUCAGGGAUUCCUUUGUAGCGUCAACGUACCUAUGUUGUGUUAGUACCUCACGCAUGAACUUGAGAUUAUAAUUAUUUAUCGUUAAUAAUAAUGAAAUAACAAGUAGUUGUAAAUUUUAUAGAUACGAUCAAAACAAAAUUAAACUUAACGAUAAGGGGACGACGUCGAUUUGUAUAAAGUAUUAAGUAAAUAAAUAAAUAAAAUGAUACUAAUAAAGAUUGGAAAUUUAAGCAUUGGAUGACAAUAAUUUUUGUUACUCUCCGUUGCGCGGCCGCGCGUUGUCCUCCGGUCAGUUCUCGCCGCGGACCAAUCAGUGUCGUGUCCGCGUCUGUAGCGAUAGCUCGUGUAAGCUGCGCCCGCGCCGUGUGUCUCGCAGCGACUCGCUCCUUCGCCGCUCCGACGUCUUCGUCCAAUGUGUCACCCGCCUUACUUAGCUUCAACUUUUAUACUCUUUAGAGAUGCUAGUUUCGUUGUUAUCGUACGUAUUAUUAGCUUAACUUCAUUGUCGGAUGCCAAAAGUUUGUAUUCAGCAAGCUCCUUGUAUUAUAAUCAUAUUAUUAUUGUCUACGUUAUCGUCGCUAUGCGAUUUAAAGUCAUCUAUUUAAUUUAGUUGAUUGACAGUUCCGGUGUAGUGCAGACCAGAUAUACAUUACUAUAUUGAAGUAUGAAUGAAUGUUGUUAUUGUUGCGCAAAUAGCCGCACUUGUAAUUAUUGUAAAGUACAUGAUGUAAUGUCAGUCGUUAGAGCGAAACUUGGCGCGUUUUAACCAGAUUAUUUUGUUAUUUAAACUUGUUCUGGGAUUUUAAUUGGAGAAGUUAUAUUUUCGUAGUUGAACUUUACCGGUUUUACAAACGUUUUAAUGAAUAUCAGCUCGCCCGGGUUCGCCCGGAUAUCCGGAUCGCAUAUCAGCCGAGUAUCGUCGGCCAGUAGUUCAGCGAGUGCUGUCUCGCUCUAUCCUUCAUCUCAACGUCAUGUAGGUCUCGCUCACGCAUCUAGAUUCGUCAUCGUUUCCAGAAGACUACUGCUAGCAAUACCUAUAUUUAGAGUUUCUGCGCAACAAAUGUUUAUAAGAUUUAUGAUAUAGUUUAUCUGCGUUACAUUGCGUCGCUCCGACAGUUCCCUCGCGCCCUCUCUCUGUGCCCUCGUCUAUUGGAAUCCGGAACACUAUCACAAGCCCCCUAGUAACGAAAGUUGUCAAGACUUUGUGAACAGACCACAGAACAUGGGAGAAUCAAAAUUCCUCAUUUCUCCACUUUUGCCCUAUUGUUUUUCUAUAUCGAAUUGAUUAAAUAAGUGUAGCACGUCUUUCAAGUCUUAUUUUAUGUAAAUGUGUGCACAUAACUUUUUACUUUAUAAGUUUCGAAUUUCCAAGUACGCCCUUUGAAUUGAUAAAACCAUCUCUAGUCAUGAGAGCAGAGAGACGUCGCGAGUCAUUGCCGGUGUCCUGUUGAAUGAGAUACAUAUAAUAUUACAAAGUUUACAAGUUAAGUUUCUCGAUUUUAUUCAUUGUUAAUUAGAACUUAACGCCCGACCGUCCGGUCCUACGGCAGCCGGGCGCCGUCCGUUGUGACCGGACGGCCGGACGAACUAAACGCAAUUUUCCAUUUUGACGCCGAUUCAUUUGGAAAUUAUGGGACUAAAUUAAUGUAAGGUUUGUAAAUAAAUAAUAAAAACUUGUGGCAAAUUAUUACUUGUUAAUCUGUAAUAAUUGUAGUUUAUUUCGGCAUUAUUUUGUAUGGAUUAGACGACUGUCUCUGUUUUAAUAGUUCGGUUAUGAUGAAAAUAUAAAACUAUUACUUAUACAUACUGUAUAUAAAGGAUGCUGUUGAAUUAUAUUGAUUAUUUAGUUUGGUAGAUGAUUAUAGUAAUUAUAUAUAAAUAAAUUAUGAGAAUAUGAAAAUAAAAUUAUAUCAAAAUA